ACCACUUGCUUUCAGAUAACAAAAACCCACCCAAUAGAGAAGUCCACCGUAAAACAACAGAACAGAGAGAAGGAGAGAAAUGAGGAAGUUCGAUCCAUGGGGCGUAUUCUUCAAGAGGGAGUUCAAUCGCAACUGGCCUUUCCUUGUCGGUUUCGCUGUCACAGGCACCAUCAUUACCAAGUUCUCCCUUGGCCUUACUGAGGAAGACAGGAAAAACUCCGUCUUCGCCCAACGUCACAAGAGGUGAACAUCCUAUGGGGGGUUUCAGGCUGUCAUAAUGAUGAAGUAUCGGAACGUUGGUUUUUAUCGUUUCCAGUAGUAAUAAAGAUCUAAGAUUGCAGCUUCUUUUGUUGAACAUGCUUCAUGCUACUUUAUUUCUUCUAUUUGAACACUAGAUACAUUGAAUUUUGUAUUAUUGUCUUUAAUUUGUUCCAAGGCUUUAUCAGAAUCGUGAACAGUGAAUAACAAGAGGUACACAAACGUGUCAUGUUGCUAUGAA